AUGUACAAAGCAAAAAAACGAAAAUUCUCAGUAUCGGAAAUUAAUCAAGCCAUACUACAUGCUGUUUAUGGAACUACAACUCAACGAUUUGUUCCUCAAUUACAGCGAAUAACAUUAAAGUGCUGUAAAUUUCGACGAGAUAGUCAAGGUGUCAGGGAUUAUAUUGAAAAUCACUUAGUGGACUUUGCUCGAGAUAAUCCAGCAACUGCUAUCUACGUAAAGCCACGAAGAAAUAGACCUCCUCUUCUAGUUGCUGAGUAUCUAUGUGGCAACUGGCAGUAUGUACGUGCAAAAGAUAUGACUUGUGAAGAAAUAGCUAACUGGAUCAAUUUCUUACGUACUCGUUCUGGGGUGAAUAUUUUUCCAAUAUAUAAAUACUGGUCAACUAAACGCCCUUCAAUUCAAGGCAUGUGGCAUCCGUUUUACGAACCCCUAUAUAAUCAGACGAUUUUAAAGACACCCAAUGAAAUUGUAAGAAACAUUGGUCAGCUUUGUCAAACUAAACAAAAUGAGUUAUCAGCCGAAGAAAUACUGCUAGAAAAAGCAAAACUUCAACAGUAUCGUCUGUCUGACUUAUCCAGUUAGUGAUUUCAAUGUAAUUUAUUCUUAUGCCUAAACGACUGCAGCGCAUUUUUGUGAAUAAUGUAUGUUUCAGUUAAAUAUCUUCCAUAACACUUUAAAAACAAAGUAUUUGCAUGAUUCUAAGCUUGUUAUUUAUUCUGUCAGACUCAUUUCUUUUGGGUUGAGGUACAUACCAUGAAUCCCAUAAAUGUAAUUGGAGAAACUACGAUAAUAUCAGUCGCUUAAACGGAAAAUUAAAUACUACCAGUGAAAAUAUUUCUUCAUCUUGUGAACGAAAUAAAAAAUAUUGCAGUGAAUCGAUAUGGUUUCAGCCAAGGUAAGCAUUUGUUUAAAAUUGAGUGGAUAGCGAUAAUUGGUGAAUUUCUUUGGUUGACUUAAACAAUAUUUAAGCUGAGGAUGUAGGAGAAGAUAAAUAUUGAAUGCAGCUGCGCUUUGACGGAUUCUGAGCUGUAUCACAGUUAUAUUCGUUAUCUUCAAUUCGAUGGCCGAGGACGAAUGGAUUAAGUAAGAACUCAAAUACGAAUGGCCCUGAAUGUAUAUUCAAGUAAUUGAAUUAACUGACAGGUAAAGUUAUAAUAAACGAUGAAAGUAUGAUAAGAUUUAGUGAACACAGCUGGACUGAAAUAACAAUAGUAUCGGGGUUAGGAUGAAAUAAAUCCACGAUUGCAUUAAACUGAUUUAAUCUGCAGUGAAUUGAAAUGAGUCCAGAUUGUCUGGAUUCCCAAUUGCUCAUCAGCAUGUCGCAAAUAUUUAUAGAUCAAUGUAGUGAUGAAAUGUAAUUAACAGACAGAUAGACGGGCCCCCAAAUGCCCUGGUAUGGC